CGAAAUUCAGCACAAGUGCUGACCACCAGAGACUGUGUGUGUGUGUGUGUGAGAGAGAGAGAGAGAGAGAGAGACAGAGAGAGAGAGAGAGAGAGCAGUUCUCCGCUGCCUCCCACUGAAGAUAUACUCACAUGCUAAGAACCUCUUUGCUUUUAGCUGGGAUCAUUUUUUCAUCUUAUUUAUGUAAGCUAGAAAACGCACAGAUUAGGUCUCAGUGGUACAGCAAGCCUCAAACAUCUAACUCUUCAAUCUAGGUAGAAUGAAAUUUUAAAAUCUAAGAUAAGACACGAGAAAAGAAGUUUGCUUCACCUGAAGUAAGUCUGAGCCGGACUUAGGAGUUGCAAGUAAGAUGAUGUAAAUACAGCCCUAGUUUCAUGUCCUUUUCUGCGUAAAGACAUGGAGAACUUCACUUCUACCAACCACACGUUGGGCCCCUGGAGGGACCACAGUUUAGAAUACAAGGUAAUCAGCGCUCUCCUGGUGUUCACUAUUUGCGUGUUGGGGAUGGUCGGGAACGUGAUGGUCAUCUUGGUGGUGCUCACUACGAAGCACAUGCGCACUCCAACCAACUGCUACCUGGUGAGUUUGGCCGUGGCGGACCUGACGGUGCUGACGGCCGCCGGGUUGCCGAGCGUCGCGGACAGCGUGUACGGCUCGUGGGUGUUCGGCCACGCCGGCUGCCUCGGCAUCACCUACUUCCAGUACUUGGGCAUCAAUGCGUCGUCGUGCUCCAUCACCGCUUUCACGGUGGAGAGGUACAUCGCCAUCUGCCACCCGAUCAAGGCGCAGUCGCUGUGCACGUACGCGCGCGCCAAAAGGAUCAUCCUGGCCGUGUGGCUUUUCACGUCGCUCUACUGCGUCAUGUGGUUUUACCUGAGCGAUACGCAAGAGCUCGUGCACGGCGACGUGACCGUCGUGACCUGCGCCUACAGAGUGUCCCGGGAACUUUACUUACCCAUAUACUUCUUCGACUUCGGCGUGUUUUUCGUGCUACCUCUCGUGCUCGCGACCGUCCUGUACGGACUCAUCGCGAGAAUUCUGUUCCUGAACGCGUUACCGAAACAGAAGGUGAAGAACGGGCAGUAUGGUUCCGGUAUCAAACACUCAGUCCAGUGCUCGAGCACCACGGCGGCCUCGCGCAGACAGGUGAUAAAGAUGUUGGCAGUGGUGGUGGUUCUGUUUGCACUGCUCUGGAUGCCUUACCGUACCCUGGUGGUGGUCAACUCGUUCCUCCAGGAGGCUUACCUGGACACCUGGUUCCUGCUUUUCUGUCGCACCUGUGUGUACCUUAACAGUGCCAUCAAUCCUGUUAUCUACAACGCCAUGUCGCAGAAGUUCCGCGCCGCCUUUAAGAGGCUUUGCAGAUGCAGUGCGAAGGCGCAGGCAAAGCAGACAGCCUACAGUGUGGCCCUGACCUACAGUACUGCUAAAGAAACGUCCAUGAUCGAGAGCACAGAGCAUUUUUCAACAGAGAUGGAUGAUCUCACAGAAGAGCCAAAUGAUCUAAGAGAAGAACUGGCACCUAACUAGAAGGUUCUUGACAGAAAUAGCUGGCUGAGUGAUAUUUAAUCAGGGAUCAUUUACACACAACAGAAUCACACACUUACAUAUAAAAUACGUAUAAUACACUCAUCAUCCACCUGUACACCUGCUCAUUCAUGCAGUUAUCUAAUCAGCCAAUCAAGUGAGGUAAAUGAGGUAUUCUUCUGAUCUGUCCAUCCACCUCGAGGUUCAACAUGUUGUGCAUUCUGAGAUGCUUUUCUGCUUAUCACGGUUGUAAAGAGUGGUUAUUUGAGGUACCGUAACAUUCCCGUGUGCUCAAACAAGCCUGGCCAUUGUCCUCUGAUCUCUCUCAUCAACAAGGUAUUUCAACUCACAAAACCACUGCUCAAUGGAUGUUUUUUGCACCUUUGUGUGUAAACUCUGUAGACUGCUGUGUAUGAAAAGCCCAGGAGAUCAGCAGUUUCUGAAAUACUCAAAUCAGCCCAUCUGGCACUGGUCAAAGUCAAACAGAUCACAUCUUCUCCUGAUCCUGAUGUUUGACGUGAAAAUUACCCAAAGCUCUUGACCUGUGUCUGCAUGAUCUUAUGCAUUGCACUGGCCACAUGAUUGGCUGAUUGGACAAUUUCAUGAAUGUGCUGGUGUAUAGAUGUUCCUAAUAAAGUGGACUGUGAGUGUAUAUUCGGAUUACGUUAUAUGAACAGUCAGUACAUGUUUACUUAAUUCCUGAACCAUACCACAACUUUAAUGUGAAGAAUUUGAGUGAAACUGCAUAUUUGCAAAAUGUUGACGUUAGUAACAGGACACAUUUUUUGGUAAACAUUUGUGAGUGAGACUUUACCUCAGAAACAGCAGACCUGGUGUACUAAAAGCUGCCUACGGUGAAUUAAAAGAUUCUCCCAAACCAUUGAAAUGCACUGGUGUAUUGUCCAGGGUGUAAAAUGUCAUCAGAAUGAGUUUUCAUCUACUUUUCUGUAUAUGAUACACUGUCAGAAAAAAUAGUACUAAAAUGUACCAAGGGUACUUACAGUUUAGUACCUUUUUUUCUGACAGUAGGUGUAACACAAGGCUGCUGUCUGUAUCUGUUUACUGUUCCAAAUAUUUGUAUCUAUAUCUGUAUUGUGAUUUAAACACAAAGUAGGCAUGGCCUAAGCCUGUAGAGUUUUUUUAUUUUAUUGAUUUAUUUGUUUAUUUUUUUAUUUUGAUGAAAUAUGAAACCUAUCAUUAUGCCUCCAGAAACACUGUAAACACUGGAAAACUGGAGAAUUCUCCUCACCUCAUCAUUGCAGUUUAUAACUGGCCUCAACUAAACAUGUGCACUGGACAGUUUUGAAUCCCUAUCAUGCAGAUGUUAUUUUUUGUGCCUGUCAUGAUACUUUCAAACAAAUUUACUUGCUUUUUUCAUGUUGAUGAAUGUGGUCUUUAUUUGAGCGUCAUUUCUGACAACUUCUUAAUGCUGCAUGAUAGUAAAAAUUUCCUGCUUGUGCAAGUUUUUUGUUGCAUUUUGCAGGAUUCCAGUCCUGAUGCAACUCGAGUCUCAAUCAGAUGCCCUGUGAACUCUUCUGACAAGCUUUCCAAAAGAAAAAAGAGAAUGAUAGUGAAUUUGUGUCUGUAUUUGUAUUUAUUUAAAACACAUCAUCUGUUCAAUUAGAAUAACGUAUUCAGUUGCAUCCCUAUCUGAGAGUGUAUAUACAUUUCCAAUAAAUUGUAUUUCCAUCAUUUGCUUUUAUGUAUGUACCUAUUCAGUGCAAUCAUGCUUUAUUCUUGAUGACAGUAAUAAGUAAUGGAGUUACUGUUCAUAGUGGUGCUGUCUUGUUUGAAAUUGUGUGUGUUUAUAUGAAGUCUGCAGUACAGUAUUUGCUGCUACUCGUCAACAUGCCCUGAUAAAUAACAGACACAUAAUGAGUUAUGCUAAGCAUUGGUUAAGAGCAUCAUAAGAGUGUACCAAUAGACUCCUCUUCACAUGACGAGGAAAAAAUGUAAAUGACACCUACACACUAGUCACAAUGAUUAAGAAGGAAAUGUAGAAACAUGGAAGCACUGUUUAAUGUGUAGAAAAAAAUACCUUUCCUUUUCCUUUCCUUUGAACAAAUAUGUGUGUAUUUAUAAAUGUUUUGUGUUUGUAAGCGAUUUUGCCUUUUGCUGUUCAUACUGGAAGAGAAAAUUAUGGCGUCUAGUGCAUGUUGCUUUUAUUGAGCUUUGUUAAUGUGUAAAAUUAUUCGGUCAAUGAAUGAAUUUAAUUAGUGUUACCAUGAAAUGAUGACUGUGGAUAUUGUGCAGGUGUUUCUGUAUUUUUAUUUAUUUUUUUUUUUUUUGUAGCGUGGUUGCACAACAAACAUCCUGAAUUCCCAAAAAAUACAUGACACUUUUAAAUGACAGGAAAUCGCUUGGGAAUAAAGUUAAAUGUGUAUGUGAUUCAAAAUGAAAAAAUGAAGUGGAUUUUUAAUGAUAAUGAUGAAUCCCAGGUAAUAUUUUUUAUAUAUACACUCCCUGGCCUCUUUAUUAGGAAUACUUAUUCAUGCAGCCAAUCAUGUUGCAGCAUUGCAUAAAAUCAUGCAGAUACAGGUCAAGAGCUUCAGUGAAUGUUCAGGUCAAACAUCAGAAUGGGGAAAAAAUGUGAUCUCAGUGACUUUGACCGUGGCAUGGAUGUUGGGGCCAGACAGGCUGGUUUCAGAAACUGCUGAUCUCAUGGGAUUUUCAUGCACAACAGUCUGUAGAGUUUACCCAGAAUGGUGUGAAAAAAAAAAAAAAACACUGACAGGAGUAUAACCUGAUGUGGGCUUCUGCCUCAACGUUUGGCAUGUCGUGCAUUCAGAGAUGCUUUUUUUACUCACCACGGUUGUAAAACGUGAUUAUUUGAGUUACAGUAGCCUUCCUGUCAGCCAUUCUCCUCUGGCCAUUCUCCUCUGAGCUCUCUCAUCAACAAUUUCUGCCCAUAAAAACUGCACUCACUGGAUGUUUUUUGUUUUUUGCACCAUUCUGCGUAAACUCUAGAAACUGCUGGGUGUGAAAAUCCUAGGACAUCAGCAUUAUCUGAAAUACUCAAACCCUAUUCUGGUGUUUGGUAUGAACAUUAACUGAAGAUCUUGUGCUAUAUUUGAAUGAUUGGCUAAAUAGAUAAUUGCAGCAUUUUACUAGCACUGGCCUAAUAAAGUGGCCAGUGAGUGUAAACUCAUAAAUUAUCUGAAUACAAAAUGCAACAUACAAUAAAUUAAGAGAGGAAUAUUUCAGUUAGAAAUACUUAUGACAAAGAAUGAGACUAGCACAUAUGGGUUAAAGUUCAGAGAUUCAAUUAUAUUAACAAGAUAAAGUGGCCCAUAUGAUGUUUCUGAAUCUAGAACAACUCAGUGUUCUUCAGAUAUUCUUAAGGACUCGGGUGAAAUCAGCUCACACUGUCAUUAUGACCUGCUCCGUGCUCUUAAUCUACACUUUUAUUCUCUCCUCUCUUCUUCUGUUUAAAAGGACCUUUUUCUUUACUCUCGUCUCAGAGCAAUCUUUCACUCAUAUUGAAUCUUCUCCUGACUGGUAGGUCACAGUGGGCUUGAAAUUAGAUUGUACACCAGGGUAAUGGCCAUACCAUCAUUUUACACAUGAUUUAUAGGAAGUGUUUAGCAUUCCGAUGAACAUUGUACAACUAUACAGAAAUUAUAAUGAAGAUGAUUAAUGAUUUUGCAGUCAUGACAAUAAAUGUGUCUCAAAGAAUAUAUUGUACAUAGGUUUAGUUUUAUAUUUAAUUUGAAUUCCAUGUCUAGACUCUAGACAUUCAGAAAUGGAAAUCAGGCGAUACAUCUGCAUUUAAAUCCGCACAGGCACAAAAACUACUUUCUUUCACUGUGAAAAUUUGUCAUUUAGAUGAACUUUACCCAUAGUGGUGAUUAGCAAAGUGGAAAGAGACCUGUUGUCCAGGCUGAUCAGCCUCAGGGUGGUACAUUCAGCACAUUUAUUGGAGUUGGACUUGUUUAAGAUCAUCUGUUUAAGAUUCAGAACCACUGAGCACCUUUUUAGUAUUUUAUUCAUAGGAAAACAUGACGAAAUAACUUCAAUUAAAGUUUGGUCAUUUGAAAAAUAACAUUAUAGUUCUGUUAUUUCCUGGAUAGAAUCUUACAUUGCAUAUCUGAUCUGGAAUUUAGCGAAUGUUUAUGCCAUUUAUGUAAAAAGCACUCACUUUUGCAAGUCCAGGCUUAUUAUUCAGUUAUUAUUCUUGAAACAUGUUAUUCAGUAACUGCUAAAUAUUAUAUGACAGCACUAUUCAUUAAUUUUCUAUAACAGUGCAGCCUGGAGAGUAGUUACAGCUAUAACACAAAAUCACAGGUUUAUAUUAAUGUGCUUCUUGUAAUACAAUAUCGUUUCUAUGAUAACAGCUUACACAGGAAAGCUUCCACAGGUAUGGAAGAUGCUUUACAUAAACAGAUUUUAAUAAUGCACGCAAUUGUUGAUAUAGUAGUUUUCCGUAUGGAGAGGUUUAUUUAGCCGUCAUUUAAAGAGUCUCCAGUGUCAGCACACAACACAUCAUCUUUUAUUAUGUUCCUAUAAUAGCACACACUGUCAUGUUUGAUUCCUCACUUAAUUAUUUAGUAACUACAGUGAAUAUAAAGUGUGGAGUUAUGACAGUGUGGAAUGUAAAUCUGAACCAAGAAGUCAAAGAAGUUAAGGCUAGGUUAAGCCUAAACAGUUAAGGCUGCUAGUAUUGGGCCCUUGAUCAAGGCUCUUAACCCUCGCUGCUCCAGGGGUGCUGUAUCAUGGCUGACCCUGUGCUCUGGCCCCAACUUCCUAACAAGUUGGCAUAUGUGAGGAAAAGAAUUUCACUGUGUUGUAAUGUAUGUGUGAUAAAUAAAGGCUACUUCUUCUACUAAAGUUUAAAGGGUAAAUUUUAGAUCUGUUUUUGUCCAAUAAAAAAUGUUGCCAAACAAACAUUUUUGAAUAUCCUGUAUAAACAUUUUUCAAGAAAUUGGUUUGAGUAAAAUUAAAAG